CUCUUUGGCUCAAGGUGGAGCUCCACCGACCGUGUACACCUAGUACACCGAACGUGCCGACAGUCCACCUCAGUGUCUUCAAAUCCUCCUUUGCGCAUGUUCGUCAAGAACUCCCUGGCUAGCAGAAUUGUUCCCACCGGCGUAUCACUAUUAGGUUGGCACAGCAAGGUUGCGUUUCGACAGAGGAUUGGGGCUGCACUGGCAGCCUCCGCCGCUGGGGCUUCAACACCAACGUUGACGACUAUGGCGACUACGCCGGCAACGUUGUUCAUAUCAAACACGUUUCGGGAGGCAAGGGCGGGAGCUACUUUCGAAGUCCUCAACCCUGCGACGGAAACGGUUCUUUCGGUCUGCGCCAACGGGGGGGAGGAGGAUGUCGACGACGCCGUCAAGGCGGCGCGCGCGUGCUUCGACGGGCCCUCGUGGGGAAUGAGCAGUACCGGCGUGCAGCGUGGGGGCUGUCUGAGAGCUCUGGCUUCUGCGAUUGAGGAUGACAAAGAGGCGUUUGCCCUUGCGGAGACUCAAGACACGGGCAAGCCUAUCGAAGACUCGGAGGGCGAGAUCGACGAGGCCAUUGACUACCUCAGGUACUACGCAGGUCUGGCGGAAGGUCUCGACGAGGAAAGCCCCGAGCAGCUGGAAACCCCCAACUACAACCAGAACUUUCGGACUCGAGUUGUUCGCGAACCGAUAGGAGUGGUGGGCGCGAUUACACCUUGGAACUACCCCCUCUGCACGGCCGUGAACAAGGUGGCCGCCGCCCUAGCCGCCGGCUGCACCGUCGUCCUGAAACCGUCAGAGCUGGCCCCUUCCACGUGCCUCCGGAUGGCCGGACUCGCAGAGGCGGCCGGCUUCCCGCCCGGUGCCUUGAACGUGGUGACCGGCGAGGGGUUUCCUACCGGGGAUGCGUUGUCGAGACACCCGGGGCUGGACAAGGUGUCCUUCACGGGGUCCGUCCCGACGGGCCAAAGGGUCAUGGCUGCAGCGGCGAAGGCAGGGCCGACCGACGUUCACCUCGAGCUAGGCGGCAAGAGCGCCAUGAUCGUGUUCGACGACGUGGAACAAGUGGAGGCGGCGGUGGACUGGGCGUGCAUCGGGAUUUUCUCCAACUCCGGCCAGAGGGUCGCGACCUCUCGACUGCUAGUGCAGUCGAAGAUCUACGACCAGGUUGUCUCGUCGGUCGUAGAUCGAGCGUCGCGCAUUUCCGUGGGAGACCCAAUGAGGAGGGGACGUGAUGCUCCCGGCCCCUGCAUGGGUCCGCUCGUGAGCGGCCCGCAAAAGGAGAGGGUCCUUGGAUUCGUCACACGGGCCGUGGAAGGCGGAGCGACGAUUAUCUCAGGUGAUGGGGCCGACAGAAACGCCGCCGUACAGAAACCCGCCGUCGGAUACUACGUGUCACCGACCAUCCUUUCGGAAGUGUCUGACGAGAAUGAGGUCUGGGACUCUGAGGUUUUCGGGCCGGUGCUAUGCGUGAGGCGUUUUGAGGAGGAAAGCGAAGCCAUCGAAGCUGCCAACCGCUCGGAGUUUGGCCUGGCGGCUUCGGUCAUGUCCUCGGACGAAGAGCGCUGCAAGAAAGUUUCCAGAGCGCUGCGGGCCGGAGUUGUCUGGGAAAACUGCAGCCAGUGCGCCCCCGUGGAGGCCCCGUGGGGAGGCUUCAAGAAGAGCGGGGUCGGGGGACGCGAGUUGGGGCGAUGGGGCUUGGACGAGUUCUUGGGCGUGAAAGCGAUCACCUCCUGCAAGCAGACUUUCAGCUACAACUCUUACGGCGGGGCGUCGCGUUCGACUUGAUCGCACAUGUCUGGGUCAUCGUAGACAUGCACUCUUAUACAUUUUUUCUGGAGGGGGGUUGAAAGGCGGGACGCAGGACCGCUUGCUUCCCAAGUUUUUGCGCAAGCUCGAGAAACUGCGAUUGUGACGAGCGAGUCCUCAGCGGCGUGCAAAUCUGCGCCUUUCACUGUAUUUCUCCCAAUUCGUUUGUUUAUCAAGGACAAUGACAUUUGCCCCGAUGUCUAGUGGGUACCCUCGAAAACCUGCCAAGCAGCUUGUUGUCAGUGGGAUUGAUUAAAUUCGUUCGUAGACAGUAGGCGAUAGGAAGGAAACGACAGGCCCUUCUCGCGUGAUUUCUCGCAGGUAAGCAUCACGCGGAGAAGAUGGGAGGACAAUGUAAGAGCCACCGUAUUACGCUCCCUCCUGUAUGUUACCGCGAGUGAUACAUCAAAUACAUUCCACCGAAAGGUGCCGUCUGUGGCGCCAGGAAAGGCGGGCCUAAGAGACGCACACAUGAAGUUCAGGCGGGCACUGGAUUGAAUGAGUGAGUGUGAGUCACCCCGAUAUGGCGGGGAGUGCUGCACAAACUGAGAAAAACGAUAGAUUCCGGAUCCUGCGAACGUGU